AUGGCUAAUAACAACAAUAUUAGUUUUGAAGUUGAAGGGUCCUCUUCAAGAUUUAAUGAGAAAAUGCCACAAGAAGUUAAAAAGACAAAUGAAAUUAAGAAAGAGAGAAGCAUUAACAACACCAAUACUAUUCCAUUCUACAAACUCUUCUCAUUUGCUGAUAAUUUUGACAAAAUAUUGAUGUUUUGGGGAACAAUAGGUGCUGCUGGGAAUGGACUAUGCCAAGUUCUUGUGGCUGCCUUCUUUGGGGAUUUGGUGGAUGCAUUUGGACUAAACCAAACUUCAGUUGUGCUUCAACAAGUGUCCAAGGUGUCAUUAAAACUUGUUUAUUUGGCCAUCGGUUCAGGUGUAGCAGCAAUGCUUCAGGUGGCUUGUUGGACGUUUACUGCAGAGCGACAAGCUGCACGACUAAGGGUGUUGUACUUAAAAAGCGUUCUGCGACAAGAAGUUACUUUCUUUGACAAGGAAGUAAAUACAGGGGAAGUUAUUGGUAAAAUGUCUGGUGACAUUUUUAUCAUACAAGAUGCUAUGGGCGAUAAGGUGGGGAAGAUGAUAAGGUGCAUCUCAAUGUUUAUAGCAGGAUUUAUUAUCGCCUUCAUCAAGGGGUGGCUUCUAGCACUUGUUAUGGUUUCACCCAUCGUUCCACUGGUAAUAGUUGUUGGUGUCAUGUUCCUCUUCAUGUCUAGACAGGCUUCCCAAUCACACAAAGCUUAUUCUAAGGCAGCCAGUGUAGUUGAGCAAACAAUUGGUUCCAUCAGAACAGUUGCAUCAUUCACAGGUGAAAAGCAGGCUGUCGAGGACUAUAACAAGUCCUUACAAAAGGCAUACAGAUCUGGUAUACAUGAAGGACUUGCAAGUGGCUUAGGCUUGGGAUCGUCCCAUUUUAUUCUCUUUUGCAAUUAUGCUUUGGCUUUCUGGUAUGGUGGAAAAAUGAUCUUGGAGAAAGAUUAUACAGGAGGUUCAGUCUUGACCAUAACUCUAGCUGUGUUAACUGCUUCAUUGUCAAUAGGCGAGGCAUCUCCUUGCUUAGCUGCAUUUACAGCAGGGAAAGCUGCUGCUUUCAAGAUGUUUGAGACUAUAAACAGAAAUUCAGAGAUUGAUGUGUACAACAAUAGUGGGAUCAUUUUGGAUGACAUACGUGGAGAUAUAGAGAUAAAAGAUGUGUGUUUUAGUUAUCCAAGUAGACCAACAGAGAGAAUACUCAACGAGUUUUCAUUGUUAAUCCCUAGUGGAAAAUCUACUGCUUUGGUUGGUGGAAGCGGAAGUGGCAAGUCCACAAUUAUUAGUUUAAUUGAGAGAUUCUAUGAUCCACAAUCUGGUGAGAUUUUAAUAGACGGACGUAAUCUCAAAGACUUCCAGGUUAAGUGGAUUAGACAGAAAAUUGCUCUAGUAAGUCAAGAACCUACAUUGUUUUCAACGAGCAUCAAGGAAAAUGUUGCAUAUGGGAAAGAUGGAGCCACCAAAGAAGAAAUUGAAGCAGCAAUUGAGAUUGCAAAUGCAACUAAAUUUAUUAACAGACUACCUGAGGGAAUAGAGACAAAUGUCGGUGAACGUGGAACUCAACUCUCUGGUGGACAAAAGCAGAGAAUCGCUAUAGCAAGGGCAAUUCUGAAAGACCCUCGCAUUUUACUUCUAGACGAGGCAACAAGUGCUCUAGAUGCUGAGUCAGAGAAUCUUGUCCAAGAAGCACUUGACAAAAUUAUGGUUGAUAGAACAACCAUAAUAGUCGCGCAUCGCCUCAGUACAGUGAGGAAUGCUGAUAAUAUUGCUGUCAUUCAUCGAGGCACAAUUGUGGAGGAAGGUAAACACUUUGAGCUAUUGAAAGAUCCCGAGGGAGCAUACUCGCAACUUAUUCGCUUGCAGGAAAUAAAUCAAGAAAAAGAGCAACUUUGCCUCGAUGAUUCACAACUUCUUUCUACUGAGUCAAGACAAGAAUCCAAUUAUGAUACUACAGAAGUUAAAGGAAUUACUGAGACUAUACUGCCAAAAAGUACAGAUGCUAAUUUAGAAGUAUCUAAAAAUCUCAAAAAAGCUCAUGUUAUUCGCCUUGCACAUCUGAAUAAGCCCGAGUUUCCUAUUCUUCUUGUGGGAGCAGUAGUUGCAACAGUUUCUGGUUCCGUCCUCCCAGUUUUUGGUUUAAUAUUUUCCAACAUACUUAAAGCAUUUUAUGAGCCACCUGAUGAACUAAAGAAAGAUACACAAUUUUGGUCACUCAUGAUUGUGGUUCUUGGAACAACAUUGCUGAUUUCAACUCCACUAGAGACACUUUUUUUUACCGUGGCUGGUUGUAAGUUGAUCCAACGAAUUAGAUCGAUGUGCUUUCGUAGGUCUGUCCACAUGGAAAUUGGUUGGUUUGAUGAACCAGAGAACUCCGUUGGAGGGAUAGCCACAAAGCUCUCUACUGAUGCAGCUAUUGUUCGAGUUCUAGUGGGGGAUAUAUUGGCAAAAAUAACUAAAGAUCUUGCAGCUGCAAUUGUUGGGACGGUGAUAGCUUUUCGAGCAAGUUGGUUAUUGUCUCUGAUUAUCUUAGCCAUGGUACCAUUUAUGAUGGCCAACAUUUAUGUUCAGAACAAGUUUGCUAAAGGAUUUGGUACUGACGCAAAGAAGUAUGAGAAAGCAAGUCGAGUAGUCAAUGAUGCAGUCAGUAAUAUAAGAACUGUUGUUUCUUUUUGUGUGGAAGAGAAGGUGGUGGAGCUAUAUGAGAAGGAAAGUGAUGUCCCAAUAAUGGCCGGGACUGGAAAAGGGAUGAUUAGCGGUGUCAGUUAUGGUAUUACGUCUUCAUUCAUUUUCUUUGUAUAUGCAGCAAGUGGCUACGCUGGCGCUAGACUUGUAGAUGAUGGAAAAAUUUCAAAUGCUGCUACUUUCCGCGUUUUCCUUGCUGUGUAUUUGACAGCUAUAGUUAUUUCUCAAUCAACCUUUAUGAAUGAUUUUACAAAAGCUAAGAGUGCUGCUGCUUCAAUAUUUUCUAUAUUAGAUAGAAAAUCAAAGAUAGAUUCGAGUACAGAGGAUGGCUUAACUUUACACCAAAGCAAAGGAGAUAUAGAGUUUAAACAAGUAUGCUUUGCAUAUGCAACGAGGCCAGACAUCCAAGUUCUUAAUGGCUUCAGCUUGACAAUUUUGAGUGGCCAGACAGUUGCUUUAGUCGGAGAAAGUGGCUGUGGGAAGUCUACAGUGAUCUCACUCUUACAACGAUAUUAUAAUUUUGCUUCGGGUCAAAUUAUGCUUGAUAGGAUUGACAUCCAAAAUUUCAAUUUGAAAUGGCUGAGGCAUCAAAUGGGGCUUGUUAGCCAAGAACCAGUUCUGUUCAAUGACACGAUUCGAGCCAACAUAAUGUAUGGGAAGGAAGCUGGAGAUGCAACUGAAGCAGAAUUAAUAGCUGCAGCAAAAUUGGCAAAUGCGCACAAGUUCAUUUCUGGCUUACAGCAGGGGUACGAUACCAUGGUUGGGGAGCGAGGUGCUCAGCUUUCAGGUGGUCAGAAACAACGAAUUGCCAUUGCACGAGCUAUUUUGAAAAAUCCCAAAAUAUUAUUACUGGAUGAGGCGACCAGUGCACUUGAUGCAGAAUCUGAAAGGAUGGUCCAAAUGGCAUUAGACCAAGUCAUGGUGAAUCGAACUGCUAUUAUAAUAGCACACAGAUUAUCAACAAUUAAGGAAGCAGACGUAGUUUGUGUGUUGAAAAAUGGAGCCGUUGUAGAGGAAGGAAACCAUGAUACUCUUAUGAGUAACGAAAAUGGCCACUACGCUUCUCUCAUUAAACAUCAUAUGGGAUAACUCUUAUUCUGUCUGUAUACAUCCCUCUUGCUUUUCAUUAAGACAUUCACUAAGAAAUUACCACAAGUUGUAUGAUAGUGGCAGUUGCAUAGCAAACUGCAUAUUCUGUUCAUUCUUAAUAUGUACUACGGAUAAGGGCCAAAAACGCCCCCUUUCAUUCAUCUA